AUGGCUCCAGCGACCGCGUCCAACCCCUCCAAGCGCAAGGGUCCUGCUUUCAAGCCUCCACGGCCUGUCAACAAUGGAGCUGCCGGUCCUUCUACGACGUCCAAAGCAGGUGUAGGAGGGAAAUCUGGCGCUAAGAAUACGACAUCGAAAGGAUUACAGCCCGCUACCAUGACAAUAUCAUCUGACGCUGAGCCCGAAGAAGACCAAGUUGACGAGGCAGAAGAAGAGCGGCAGAUGAGUGAAGAAAUCGACGACCUGUUACCGGAACCCACGCAGGAGGAAGCCAAACCUGCCAUACCACCAAAGCUUCUGGCUAGACUGCUCUACGAGGGUUUCGAAGACAAGGAUAUGCGCAUAGGGAGAGAAGGCAUGACAGUUGCAGGCAAAUACAUGGAAACGUUCAUCAGGGAGGCUAUAGCCAGAGCCGGAUUUGAACGCCGUGAAUCUGAAGCCAAUGGAGGUAUCUCGGAUGGAUUUCUACAGGUUGAAGACCUAGAGAAACUUGCGCCACAGCUGUUAUUGGACUUUUGA